ACGCAGCAUGAAACUUUGGCUACCCUCCUACAACAGCAGACAGUCUUAGAAUUUUCUUCCUCGAACAAUGAGUGAGGCAGAGUUGUACACCCUGUACAAGGGGGUCUAUCUGCCCUCACUUCUGCACCCCCAAGAGAGCCUCAAAUACUACGAGGACUUCACUUUUCGCCCUGAUGAUAUUCUCAUUGUAACGUAUCCCAAGUCAGGAACGACCUGGAUGCAGGAGAUUGUACCCCUGAUCAGCAGUGGAGGGGAUCCAGCUUCUGUUGAGACUCUUCCAAACUGGGACCGAGUUCCCUGGCUGGAGGAGAAUCGUGCUUGCAUCCUUAACCUUGAACAGAGGCCAUCUCCUCGCAUGUUUUCCACACAUUUCCAAUACAACAUGAUGCCACGGUCCUUUUUUGAAGUGAAGCCAAAGGUCGUCUAUGUCAUGAGGAACCCCAAAGAUGUUUUCACAUCUUCCUUUCACUAUUUUGGGAUAACAUCGUUCCUGGUGAAGCCGGGCCCACAGGGCGAGUUCCUCCACAAAUUCCUUAACGGAGAAGUCAUGUUCGGCUCAUGGUUCGAUCAUGUGAAGAGCUGGCUGAAUGCUGACGACAAAGAGCACAUUAUGUACAUCGCAUAUGAAGAGCUGAUCAUGGACCUGAAGGACUCUGUGACCAGAAUCGCUCAGUUCUUGGAGAAAUCGUUGGACGCUGAGGCGGUAGAGAAGAUAGCAGAACAAUGUUUGUUCAAGAACAUGAAGCACAACAAAAUGUCAAACUACUCUCUGGUUCCGAGUGAAAUCAUGGACCAGACAAAGUCAGAGUUUCUCAGGAAAGGAAUUGCUGGGGACUGGAAAAACCAGCUAACAGAGGCAGAGGCAGAACACUUUGAUGCAGUUUACAAAGACAGAAUGAAAGAUGUCAAAUACAAAUUUGUUUGGGAGUGAAAUACACUUCAUGAAAACACUUAAAGUAGGCAUUUUCUACCAACCUGUAAUGUACAGUAACUGGCCUCAGAGCAUGAGAGCUUACUCUUAUUCUCCAAAUGCCUGAUUGAUACUUCUUCGUCCAAUCUACACCGUAUCAUAAGCCAUAGGAUCGCUUCGCCCUGUACCCAUGCAGAAGCUUAUGUACAAAGCCUGACGUGCACCCCUAAAAGAUUGUAGCUACACAUCCAAACAAAGCAGACCUCAAUCCCUGUGAUUGGUUUUCUGAAUAGCAUCUUAUUUCCAGUAUGUAUAACAUUUUUGGUAUCACUGCCACAUCUAAAUUCUGCAGAAGGAAAACGCUAGAACGCUCUCAUGAGUUCCAAAUCCAAAAUGAUUUGCUCGUCUUCAGUCAGCAUGGUUUCCUGGCCACAAACAAGCAGAGAAUGUGGUGGAACCAGAAACUGGGGACAUAUAGUCCGGGAGCCAGGUCUCUCCCUCAGGAUGUUUUGCUACCUUUUUUUCACUAUGAUUUUUAUUUGGCUCAUACCUUGGGCCAUCACAAGAUGAUAAGGACCACUCCCAACUCGGGGCCGUUUGGUCCUGGGGGGCCAAAAAAAACCUUUUAGAAAAAUGCUUAAGUCAAGAUAAUGUAAAGUCACAAAUUAACUUGUAGAAAGUGCAUCAAUAGACAUAUAAAUAUGAAAUUUGGCACAGAGUAUCCAGAAAUAUAGGGGAAAGUAGCAAAAUAAGAUUCUGGCGAUUCCUAUGUCGUGUUAAUCCAGUUAUUUUUGUGUGUGAACGAUCUGAGUAUAAGCACAUCACAUCAAUAAAGUGAUAAUAAAUGAUUUUCCUUUGAGAA